UAGACGACUUCAUAGCUCAUAUAUACUCACAGCAAACCACAUUAAAUACUCAUCUACCUGCUUCACUUUUGUAUCUCAGGAGCUUCACAUACACAAAUAGAAAAACCUCUGCAUUCACCACCAAAUACUAAAACAGAAAACAAAGCCAGCUAAUUUUACAAGCUAAGCAAUGGAUACUGUGAACCGAUUAGUGGAAGAGAAGGCGUUGGUAAUCUUUAGUCGAAGUUCUUGCUGCAUAAGCCACUCGGUAUUGCAACUCAUAAGCAGUUAUGGAGCCAAUGCAACAGUAUACGAGCUAGAUGACAUGUCUAAUGGCCAAGAAGUAGAUAAAGCUCUUCAAAAACUAGGACUUAGGCCGGGUGUUCCUGCUGUCUUCAUAGGCCAAAAGUUAGUCGGUGGCGCUAAAGAGAUUAUUAGCCUACAGAUCCAAGGAAAACUUAUGACAAUGCUCAAGGAAGCAGGAGCUAUAUGGGUUUAGUUUAUAAACAAAUUAUAUAAUAGUCCUAUAAUAUAUGCUAUAAUUUUCAGAUUUAUAAGUAAAUAAGAAGAAUCCAAUUUCUUCUUAUUGAUUUUCUUCCAUCUGAAUUUUUUCCUAGUAGGAUGGAAGGGUAUCUACAUAAAGCUAUCCCCUAGCAUAGGAAGUAGUCUUUUAUAGUUUAAAGUUGUGUUCUGAAAUCUAAAGGUAAAUGAAGUAUCUGUUUCACUAAACUACUGUAAGACCCCCCAUAUUGAUGUAUCAUGAUAUUCAUGUAAUCAUGUUGUCUCACCUUAUUAUAAAAGUUUAGCAUCUAAUGACGAGUGUUCCUAAA